UAUCUACAUGCUGUAGCUGGCCCCCCCUCUGCUGUAAUGGCGUGUUCCGCGUCGCAGGGCCCAUCUGGGGUCGGCGGGGUCGAGAUGAGCGAAGCUUUCCGCGAGCGAUCCCGUAAAGAACGGGACAAACUGCGGACCAGCCUGGCCGAGCAGCUGGCAUGGGACAUGAUGAGGCUUUAUGAGGAGGCCCAGAACGUGGAUACCCAGUUCCUGGUGUCAGGAGUGCAGUUCCCGGCCCACCGAGCCGUCCUGAGAGCCAGGCUACCCCAGCUGAGUGACAAGUUCCUGCCUGCCCAGGUUCCCGGCAGCGUUUCUGUCGUUCCCGUCUUCAAACACGUCAAACACGACGAGUUCAAGGAUCUGCUCCUCUCGGUGUACACCGGAGAGGACCUGAGCCCGUGCAGGGAGAAGCUGCAGAGAUGGAUCGACCUGUACGGCAGCGCCGACACGAUCCGCGAGGCAAGUCUCAGCGUCAUCUCCGAGAUCGACGAGGAAACGGCCGCGGAGUCUGCUCCGGACGUUCCCGACGAGAACGCCAACCCGGCCGACGCCCGGCAACCGGACCCGGCGGAUGCCAGACAACCGGACGGCUCCGACAGCGGCAUCUCUCCCGAGGGCUGCGCCGCAGGGCAUGCUGGGACGGCGCGGGCAAAGGACGAUGGGAUUGUUCCCCCCGUGAAUGGUAACCUUGCCGACCACAGCGAGAGCCAAUCAGAGCUGGAGGAUGAUGACGAUGACUCAUCGUCGACGGCGACGUACUCGAGCGAGGAUUCGUCGGAAUCAGGGAGUUACAACAUCGAGGACGGGACGAGCCACUCGUCUGAUGCGGCGCUGGACGGGCUUGGCGGGAAGAAACACGACGUGGCCGGGAGUACCAUCCUGGAGGAGGAGGAGGAGGAGGAGGAGGAGGGAGGCUGGGAGGACGGGGAGCAGACAGCUGCUACUGCUGAGAUGCAGGGCGCGGCUGACUCGGGAACAGACUGCAAGUCGGUGGACAACCUGCAGCUGCACAGAGGCCAGCCCACCCCUGCCUCAGCCCUGGCGGCUGACCUGCUCCAGCUGUUCGUGAACUCCGUGGAGCCUGACAUCGAGAUCGUCGUCGAGAACCAGAAAAUCAAGGCUCACAGGGCCAUCCUGUGUGCGAGGUCCGGCUACUUUUCAGCCAUGCUGAGUGGCAGCUGGGCAGAGAGCAUGUCACAGGAAAUCACUCUCCAUGGCGUAAGCCAUGCCGGAGUGAUGGCCCUGCUGUACUUCAUCUAUGGAGGAACCAUCGACCUUCCUAACAACGUCACGCCCAGCGAGGUGGUUCCCCUGGCAGACAUGUACGGACUGGAGGGGCUCAAAGAUGUCGCUGCCCUCGUCUUAAAGCACAACAGCUGUCACCUCUUCCACAAGCCCUGCACAGGAUGCCUGACGGCAGUUCCAGACUGCCUGGCGCUCGCACACACAUUCGGCAUGGAGGGACUCUACACAGGCUGUCUCAAGUGGAUCUCCAAGCAUUUUGCGAAGGUCUGGCCUACCCAGACAUUUGCCAACUUACCCACGCAGCUGAUGCACAAGUGCUUCUCAGCCAUACAGGAGACCCUGACCAAUGAGAAUGCGGUUGCCAUGGCGAUAGAGAGUGACAAGCUGCAGUCAACCAUCCCGAGCGUGAAGUGGGCGGAGCCUGUGAGAGAGCUGUCUGUACAGCUGAGGGACGCCUGCGUGGGAUUCAUGGUGCAGAACUUUGGCUACGUGGUCGGCAAUGGCACGUUUUGCACACUCCUCAGGCCAGUGAGAGAGCUGUCCGUACAGCUGAGGGACGCCUGUGUGGGAUUCAUGGUGCAGAACUUUGGCUACGUGGUCGGCAACGGCACGUUUUGCACACUCCUCAGGGUGAGCUGUGUGUUUGUUUGUUUGUUUGUGGAGCCUGUGAGAGAGCUGUCCGUACAGCUGAGGGAUGCCUGCGUGGGCUACAUGGUGCAGAACUUUGGCUACGUGGUCGGCAACGGCACGUUUUGCACACUCCUCAGGGGAAUGGGCUGGAAGGGCCAGUUUGUGAGCCAGGUGUUCUCAGCGCUUGUUGACAGCCUGACUCCAGACAACUGCUGCCACAAGUUCUGGUCCGUCAACAGACUCAAGCAGCUAGGCAUGACGGACGACUGGAACUCAGACAUGGUAGUGCAGGUGAACACGCUACACGAACGCUGCUGGACUUACAUCGUGCAGAACGUGGCCCAAGUUCAGCACACCGUCGGAUGGAACAGCUUCUCCGCUAGCGCCAAGGCCAAGGUCAAGGAAGGAUCACCCGCAGUGUUUGUGGACGAUAUCGGCCAUGUUCCCACCAAGAAGCCAAAACUCUCCAGUGCACAGAGGGCAAAGAAGUCGUCCAGCAAAGACCGCCAAAUGUCCGGCCGGCAGGGAGCAGCGAAGGCGGAAGCGGCGGCCGGGAAAGUGCCGACGAAGGGGAAGAAGUCGGGAAGCGCCCGGAAAUCUCCGUCGGGGAGAAAAUCUCGGCCGUCGAGCGGCGCCGUCGGGCCGAGCGGGAAACUCGGGGAGGAGGCAGCCGUGCAGAACGGAGUCAGGCAGAAAUCUGCAGGCAGAACCAAGCGAGCCGGGUCAGCGUCCAGAAGCGGCAAGAAGAGAAGCUCCUCCAAGACGAAACCCGAGAAGCGGCGCGACAUCUCGGCCGGGGCGGGGCCCGGGGACGGGGAGGAGAAAUCCGACAGCAUGAAGCAGGACGAGUUGUCACGGCAACGCAGCCCCACCCGGCGACCGCGCGCCCCGUUCAUCAAGCAGACGCGCACGAGCAGCCUGCGCAGCUCCAGCGCCGGGUCGAACCCCGCCCGGCAACGCUCGCGAUCACGGGAGUCAUCGCUCACCCGCGUCUCCGCAUCAAGCUCCAAGUCCGACGACAUGAACACAGCGGACGGAGCCAAAACUAACAAGAAAAACCUCAAGAAGAAAAGGCUGUCUUCGCGGUCCAGAAGUCGAAGUCCUGCCGUGGUGAUAAAGGACGGGGAGGGCGUGGCGUUGCCGGGAUACAUGCGGCCGCGGUCUCGCACGCGGAGCCCUCGCCCGGCCGGGGCCACCUUCAGCGACAGAGACAUCAGGUCUUCUUCUUCUACGGACUCGGUCACCGAAGGAAAGCCUCCGAAGAAGAAGAAAUCUCCCAAGAUCAAGCCGGACUCGCACCUGCUCUGCCCGACCCUCGCCUUCCAGCAGAAAUCCCGCUCCUUCGUCCUGUCCGAGGACGAAAUGGACGCGGCCGGAACCAAGAAAAGCCCGCCAGCGAAGCAACUGGCAGGUCUGGAGGCUGGAUCGGCCAGGGAAUCUAGCCCUGUCAGGCACCAUGUGGAAACUAGCCCUGCUAGGCAGGCAGGCAAGGAAACUAGCCCUGCUAGGCAGAUAAGCAAGGAAAGUAGCCCUGCUAGGCAGACAGGCAAGGUGGAAAGUAGCCCUGCUAGACACCAUGUGGAAACUAGCCCUGCUAGGUCCACGACCAAGGCAGAAACUAGCCCUGCUAAGCAUCGUGUGGAAAGUAGCCCUGCUAGGCAGACAGCCAAAGGGUCGAGUAGCCCUGCUAAGCACCGUGUGGAGACUAGCACGGCUAGGCAGAAAGGAGAAACAAGUCCAGCAAAGAGGUCUGGCGGUGUGCCAGCUAGCCCGGUCAGGAAGCCUGCCAGCGAAGCUAAUCCCGGAAAGAAGUCAGUAAAUAAUGAUGCCAGCACAGCGAAAAAGCCGGCAAGUCCCUCCAAAAGUCAGACUAGUCUGAUGAAGAAAACAAAAGCAUCAGGGCGACAGCCUGCCCAGAAAAGGGCAAGUGCUGCAGAAAACAUUUCAAAAACAAAGUCACCGAAGAAGAUCAACGGCAAAAAAGAAAAGGAAGAUGUCUCAAAAUCUCCAGCAAAAGCGAAAAACGUGCAGAAUGAGCCACGCGAUGCAGCUGCAGUGCCAACAGGCGCCACAGGGGGCGCUGCUAUGGUAGUGCCACUGGAAGACUUGGUCGUGUCUGAGAAGGCAGAGACAGAGGAGAGUGAGAAGGAAAUGGACAGCAGGGAAAAGGACAUGGUUAGUGCAGGAACAGUGGUUAGUGCAGGAACAGUGGUUAGUGCAGGAACAGUGGUUAGUGCAGGAACAGUGGUUAGUGCAGGAACAGUGGUUAGUGCAGGAACAGUGGUUAGUGCAGGAACAGUGGUUAGUGCAGGAACAGAGGCGCAGGCACCUGACCAGACAGAGCAUUCCUACUUACAGAUGCCUGGUGCAGAUGUAGAUGCUGCUACAGAGGCAGAGCCUGGUCUGGCCCCACCCAACAUUCCCAUUGCAGCAGCAGGAGUCACCAAUGGCCCACCUGUGCCAGGUAAUGCUUCACCUGCCGCAGAGCCAGGUGCCACAGGUGCCCCACCUGUAGAACCACCUGAGCAAUAUGCCCCACCUGUAGAACCGGAUGUCUCACCUGCUGCUGAAUCAGGUGUCACAGAUGCCCCACCUGCAAGAGAUGCUCCACGUUUAGAGCAAGAUGUCACAGAUGCCCAACCUGUAGAACCGGAUGCCCCACCUGCUGCAGGGCCAGCUGUUCCAGGUGCCCCACCUGCUGCAGGGCCAGGUGUAACAGGUGCCCCACCUGUAGUGUCAGCUGUUCCAGGUGCGCCACCUGCUGCAGGGCCUGGUGUUCCAGGUGCCCCACCUGAAGCUGUGAGUGUCCAUGGCAAGGAGGGAGGGGAACUGUCCAGAACUGCUGCAGCGGGUCCGGAGUCCCCGAAGUUGAGACCAAAAGGAAGAGAAACUGCAGGGAGAGAAACUGCAGGGAAAAAGAAAGACACGUCUGGUCCCACGUCUGGUCCCAUGUCUGGUCCCAUGUCUGGUCCCAGACCGGCAGAGAAACCGGGAAGAAGGGGAAAACCUGCAGCCAACGGAGGCAGCGCAGCAAGCCGAGUUUUGCCUUCGAAGAAAGACGAUGCCACAAAGUCAAAAGCAGCACCUUCCGGGAAAUUAGGAGUGAAAAAAUCUAGCAAAGAAACCAGCAAAGCAUCUCCAGCAGCAAGAGAGACAGAAACAAGAGCAAAAAUGGCGGAAACCAGCAAAAAGGCAGAAAAGGUGAAGGGCAAAGAUGAGACCAAGACAAAUGUUGUGGCAUCAGGUGCUAGGUCAAAGGUCACCAGUGUGGAAACUAAGAUGAAAGUUUCUGUCUCACAGAAGGACAAGGUAACCAUGGCAACAAGCAGACAAGCAAACAAACAAGUUGUAGGCAAGAAAAAUGUCAAGGAGCAAGAAAAAGUGACUUUACUGGAGAAAAAGAAGAUAACGGUAGAAACAACAAGUGUUAUUAUGAAGGACCAGUUUAAAACAUCCACUAAGACAACAUCAGCAAAGAAGGUUGGAGCAAAACCAACCACCAAAAAGCCACCGGUUGCAGCAGAUAGACCUCUAACAAGUAAGGCUCCAAGCAAAGGCAAAGAGAAAACAGUUACCAGUAAGCCUCCAAGCAAAGACAAACCUGUCACCAGUAAGGCUUCAGUAGCAGCAGGAGACAAACUUCCCUCUAAAAAGGCACCAGCUCCCAACAAACCUUUGAAAAAAGUUGUAGUCACUGAAAAACGCGCCACGAAAAAGACUUCUGCAGAAAAAACAACUACAAGAAAAACACUUGUCCAAACAAAAGUAUCAUCAUCACAAAAAGAAGCAAAGUUGACUAAAGGGCCUUCUAAGAAGCCUCAGAAGACUUUGGUGGCAGGAAAGGUUCUCCAGGGCUCUGUGUCCCGGGAAGUGGAAACUCCAGACAAACCAGUGGCAGCUGAGAGGGAAGGGGAAACUCCAGACAAACCAGUGGAAGCUGAGAGGCCUCCGUCUCCUCAGGCCAGCAUCAGUACCGAGGAGCUGGUCUGUGUGACCAGGAACCACGUCACUGUGGCAGGGCCGAUGGACUUCACACCAGCAGAGCUCAUGGGUGAACCUGCUGGAGAUUCAGAUGAACAGAAGGAGCUCCUAACAGGGCCGAUGGACUUCAAUCCUGACGAACUCAUGGGUGAACCUGCUGAAUCUGUGGAUGAGCAGAACGAGCUUCUAAGAAGCGAGGUUACAGACACAUCACACCUGAAGGACCUCACACCUGCAGAGCUCCUGGCAGAACCCGCUGAAUCUGUGGAUGACAAGAAGGAGCUCCUAACAGGGCCGAUGGACUUCAAACCUGCAGAGCUCAUGGCAGAACCUGCUGAAUCUGUGGAUGAACAGAACAAGAUUCUAAGCAGCGAGGUUACAGGCACAUCGCACCUGAAGGAUGUCUCACCUUCAGGAGAGUCUGAGUCUCCAGAAAGUCUACAAGAUGUCACAGGUACGGAGGAAGGUCCUGCUGCCGUAAAGGAGAGUCUCACAAAAGCUGCUGAUGCUCUUCCUGCUGAGACCGAGGUCAUCAGACAGAACAUCUGUGAUGCUCCCGACCAAGCAGAAAUGGAGGCGGCUGAAAUGAAGAAUGUCACACAGCCAAGCAGAGACUCUGUUGUGGAAUACCAGAUAGAAGCUGCAAAUGUGGACGUUGUUGACACUGAACAAAAGGUUACGUUUGCUUCUCAAGAAGAUGAAGCAUUAAUUCCUGAAACAGCUCCAAUACCAAAAUCUGAGGAGGAAGUACCAGAAAAUCUAACACUGCAACCAGCAGAGGCAGACAAAUUGGAAGAGCAAAAAACAUUGCCAACUGCAGAUACACACUCACCUGUCCGCUCACCUGUGUCAGCAGAGGCACGCUCACCUGUGUCACCUGUGGGCUCACCUGUGUCAGCAGAGGCACGCUCACCUGUGUCACCUGUGGGCUCACCUGUGUCAGCAGAGGCACGCUCACCUGUGUCAGCAGAGGCCCGCUCACCGUUGUCAGCAGAGGCCCGCUCACCUCUGUCACCCGUGCGCUCACCUGUGUCACCUGCAAUUUCACCUGCAGAGGAAAAGGACGAUGUGUUUGCAGAAGAUUCUGACCAGUCGAUAGAAGCCUUCCCUCCCUCGGAAUCGCCCCCCUCCCCACCCCCAACUCCUGUAGACAGUGAAGAGGCCAGACGACUCACAGCUCCAGUAUCGGUGGACGCUGCAGUCAGCCUGCUGCAGGACACUCAAGCAGCAGAGGAUGCUGCGUCACAUCUGCAGGACUCACAAGCUGCAGAGGAGGCUGCGUCACAUAUUCAGGACGCUGCUGUCAGCCUGCAGGAGUUUGAGUUACUGCAGGAGGCUGAGUUACUGCAGGAGGCUGAGUUAGUGCAGGACAAACAGGCUGCAGGAGAUGCUGUGUCACACCUGCAGGAGGAUAGGGAAACAGAAAAGAAACCUGGACACCCUCAACAGGACAUAUCCAGGCUAGAAGCUGUUGAAAUGGCUCCAUCCAGCAGAAAGUCAACAGACAUCGCAGAAGAAGACAUACCAGAACCAGCAGAAGCCACUGCUGACUUCACAACACGCCCAGAUGAGAAAUUACAACAACCAACGCCUCAGUGUGACCUGCAGCCAGAACAGCAACAUGCUGUAUCACCUGUGGAAUCUGUGGAUGAGCAGAAUAAGCUCCUGAGACACGAGGCUUUAGGCUCAUCCUCCAGCCGUGAACAACAGGCAGCAGGGCUUCCAGCUGAGCAGACAGCAGGGCUUCCAGCUGAGCAGACAGUGGGGACAGCUGAGGUGUUUGAUGGGGAACAGCAGCAGACAGCAGGGCCAACAGCUGUGGUGUCUGAUGGGGACAGCAGGCCAGAGGUCAGUUCUAGACAGCUGGAGGUCAGUGCUGGACAGCUGGAGGUCAGUGCUGGACAGCUAGAGGACAGUGCUGGACAGCUAGAUGACAGCAGGCCAGAUCAGGACAGCGCUGAACAGCUAGAUGACAGUAGGCCAGAGCAGGACAGCGCUGAACAGCUAGAUGACAGCAGGCCAGAGCUGGGAAGGGCAGAGUCUGACAUUUUGUCGGACCAUGAGACCCUGGAGGAGGAGGAGGAGAAGGCAGUGGAGGCUGAUGAUGAGAUGUCGUCUGUAAUGUCUUCUGAAGCUGGUACGGAGGAGAGGCAGGACGAGGCUGGUACGGAGGAUCGGCAGCAGGAUGAAGAUAACCCUAACUGUCGGCUGGGGGAGAUGGAUGCCUCCUGGGAGUACACUAACAGCUUCGUGUACCACACCAGCGGCGUGCGCAGCCUCAGCGACUCCCACACAGACCGGCCGGACGACACUGCUGACGACUUCGCCUCCAAGCUGCUGCUGCGCUCGGAGUCGGAGCCCUGGACCCGCGCGGACCCCAGCGAGGAGGAUCUCACCCCCACCGUCGCGCCCGAGGAUGGCACGUACAGGGAAAGUCUGGAGGAUCUGAGGGAGGAAAGUCCAGACAUCACCCCCGUGUCGGCUAAGGACUUCCUGCAGGAGAAGGUUGAGCCUGCGGAGUGUUCUGUGAGAAAGGCUUACGAAGAGCCUGCCAGGAGUUCACAGGUGAGAAGAUCAGAGCGGCCGAAGGCACCGCUGAGGUCCCUGUCCAUGGGGCAGCCGCCCGACACGCCUGUCAGGUACGACUCCAAAUACGAGGGCUCCAAAUACGGCACCAGCUGGGACCUGAGAAGCGCCUCCGUGGAGUCGUUUGAGGAAGAGUCGCUGCACUUCAUGAGCCGGUCGCUGGACAGCGCGCAGAUGGAGGAGCUUCUGAGCGACAGGAUUUCUCCGGAUUCCCCCGUCGGGGUGCAGGAGGCUCCGGGGAUGUUUGCUGAGCUCAUGGAGAGAAAAGACAGUCCUGAACAAGCCGUGGAAAAGGACAGCUCAGAACAGGCUGUGGGGCAGGAAGAGCAGCAAACGCUGGGCCAGGAAGGAAACAUGGAGGCUUCUACAGGGGAACAAGACCCAGCGGCAUCAACUGAUUCUGAUGCCAUGACAUUUGAGAGACAGACUGACCCUGCUGGCAAGCUUGAGUUGUUACCUGAGGUCCUGGAGACCAUGUCAGCCGGAGAGUCUGAACACUUGUCUGACACCGUGGAGCCUGCGCAGGGACAUGCAGAGAGGAAAGUUGAGCCUGCACAGGGGCAUGUAGACAGGAAACUCGGCAGUGAGAGGAGACAGGAAGUCCUGAUGCUCCGAUCUCUGCGGCCUGUUGAAGAGGAACAGGACAUAACUCAGCAGGAUGAAUCACAGACUGGCCAAGAAACUGGCUACCUUCAGCAUGAAACUGGAUGUGAAAAAGGUUCCCAACCGCUUGAGAGUAUUGCCCAGACCAGCCAUGAAACAGGCUUCAAUCAAGUGGAAACCAGCUCCCAUCAACUGGAGACUAUUCCACAGACUGGCCCUGAAACUGGCUCACACCCACUGGAAACUGAGACUGGCCAGCAGGAAACUGGCUCCCAUCAACUGGAGACUAUUCCACAGACCAGCCCAGAAACCAGCUCAAAUCAACUGGAGACCAUUCCACAGACCAGCCCAGAAACCAGUUUCCAUCAGUUGGAAACUGGCGCCCACCCGCUGGAGAUAAUAGUUGCUUCGGUGAUAGAAACUGAGUCUGCUCUGCAGGGACGUCCGUCUGCGGAUCCCAAAGAGUCUCCGGAGCCGAGAGACUCCCCAGAGAGCCCCGAAGGAUCGCCGAAGGACUCGCUGAAGGAGUCGGACUCGUCUGGCGGGGCGAGCGGAGGGUCUCCGGAGAUCGACAGCGGUUUCGUGUUCGUGUCUGCGGCGGACAUCCCGCGGGAGCUGCACGGGCUGAACGUGUCGUUCCCGCGCGGCCGGCCGCCGAUGCUGCUGGAGAAACGCGAGGAGCCGGAGUGUGGGACGGGCGUGGAGGACCUGCUGGCUGAACAUCUGUCCGACGUGUCCGGGCAGGAGUCUGACGCUGAGUUUGACCAGGUAGCGGAACUGAUGUCGCCGGAGUCCCCCCUCCCGAUGUUCACCAACCUGCCGGGAGUCAGCGAGUUCGUCCCGGAGACCGCCAUCGAGGAAUCUCUCCCGGAACCCAGCGACACGGUCGACCCGCACGCACACUUCACCGAGGCGCGCUUCACGGCGGAGGCGGCGGGACGUCCCGCGCACGUGUUCUCCUGCCGGCCCAGCGAAGCCGUGUCCGCUUCCCAGAUCCACGAGGACAUGGUGGUCAUCGAGCGGACAUCGGCACAGCAGAGACCCCUGGUGGUGCUGGAGGGUACUGCAGGCCCGGGCAGGGACAUGCAGAGACCCCUGGUGGUGCUGGAGGGUACUGCAGGCCCAGGCAGGGACAUGGUUGUGAUUGAGAGCCCGUCGGUUGGUCGGGAGGCCCAGCUGGUGCCGGACGUGUCCCUCGCCCAGCUGGAUGUCAUGUCUCCCCCAGAGGAGGUGGUGCAGAACGAAGCCAACGAAGGGAUCGAGUCCGGACAGACCUUCCUGAGGGGGGAGCCCAGGGCUGUGGAACCUCGGGCUGUGGAACCUCGGGCUGUCGAGCCUCGGGCUGUGGAGCCUCUAUCCGUGGAGCGUCAACAGACAGAAGCGGACGGCUCGCCUGGCAGCCUGAACCCCACAGCGGACGAGUUUGUGCCCAAACUCGGGGCCGUGCCUGACGUUGUCGCCGAUGUUCCCGGCUCAUAUCUCAAUCCUGAGGCUCGGGAGUUCCAGCCUCACACUACAGCGCCCCCCGGUGGAGAGAGGCUUAACUGCACUGCAGCGCCCCCUGGCAGAGACAACAUAAACUGCACAUCAGCCACCUGGUGGAGAGAAGCGACUCCACUGUGGACGAGUUUGUUCUGA